AUGAAUCGCCACCUUAUCGCGGUGGAGGAGUUUGAGUCUCCCAUGGCAAACUGGUCCUGGUCCCGGGUCGAGUUCAGUCCCCAGUCCUGGCCUAUACCUCACCCCCGGAGGGGCCCUCGGAUCCAGUUCCGCCCCCAGAGAGGCCCCCAGCUCCAGCUCUGCCCUCAGGGGGGCCCCAGCACAGGUCUGGCCACUGGCCCGGCCCCCGGAGGGGUCCCGCCGCCACCUCCGCUGGCACCCAGUCCUGCCUUCGGAGGGAUCCUGCCGCCACCGGUUCCCAGUCAGACUCCUGGAGGAUUCUCGUCGGAUCGGCUGCUGGUUCCCAGUCCGGCCUCUGGAGGUUUUUCGUCGGUCCAGCUGCCGGUUCCCAGUCCGGCCCCCGGAGGGUCCCCGUCAGAUCAGCUGCCGGUUCCCAGCCCAGCCUCCAGAGGGUCCUCGUCGGGCCAGCUGCCGGUUCCCAGCCCGGCCUCCAGAAGUUUCCUGUCCAGCCCCGGCCUGUCCAGCCCCUGGGCUGUCCUCCGGCGCGGCCCCUUCAGCCUGUCUGGCUCCAGCCUGUCCUGCCCCGGCCUGUCCAGCCUCCGGGCCGUCCUUCGGAGCGGUUCCCUCUGCCUGUCCGCUUCCAGCCCGUCCUGCCCCGGCCUUUCCAGCCUUCAGGCCAUCCUCUGGUUGUCCCUCCCACCUGGCCUGCCCCAGCCCGCCCAUCCCACAGGCCGUCCUCCGGAGCAGUCCCUUCAGCCUGUCCGGUUUCAGCCUGUCCAGCCCUGGCCUGUUCUGCCCUUGGGCCGUCCUUUGGAGUUGUCCCUCCCACCCGCCCGGUCCCAGCCCACGCGUCCCUUGGGACGCCCCCCGGAGCUGUCCCUCCGGCUGGAUCCCUGUGGGUCCCGAGACGCCCCGCCGGCACCUGACUGGUCCAGUGUGCGCCAGGAGGCGCACCUCGAGGGGGGGUACUGUCACGCCCCCUCUCACUCCUGUGCUCUGGCUCGUCAAGCCAAUUACGAGCGGCUGUGCAGGUCGGCCGGACGCUCUCGCAGCAGGAAGUUCAGAGGUCACCUGAUGGAGGCGGGGCGGAGCCUGCUGGCAUUUGUGUUGGGGCUGCUGUUGGCAUCUGUGUACGGACUCCUGGGUCUCCUCCUGCAGAAACAGUCGCUGUGGUUCUGGGUCCAAACCACGCUGGUGGUGGGCGGCCUGGCAGCGUUCGGUAUGGGACUGUCAGCUGGAGUCCAGGCGGACGUGGCGGUGAUGCUGCCCACACUGUGCUCAGCUCGUGGCAGGAACCUGGUUCUCCUGCUGUACGUGUCGGUUCUGCUGUCCGGUCCGUUGGCCAACACGCUGGAGAACACUGAGCGGGCUGCUUCCAGUCUGCUGUGUGGAGCCGAGCUGGCAGCCAAUCAAACGCAGGAGCUGUUGCAGCGAGCAGCCACGCCCCUCUUCUCUGCAUUGGAUGAAAUCAGAGAAAUCAGCAGGAAUGCUUAUGCCGUUGCAGGACGAGUCCAGAACUUGAUCUUCGCCCUGACAGACGGUGUCCGCCAUGUUGCUCGCACGCUGAGGAACGUCCUGCACUUCCUGGCCGACAUCGGAGACGUCUGCAACGCCCAGCUGAGCUCCCCAUACAGGAAGUGUCGGUUGUUAUUCGCCGAGGCUCGCAGCGACUGCUCCGACCUGCUGGGCGACUUCGACUUCCUGUGUGGCAUCGUGGACGCCUUCCUGCCACUGUGUAACGUCGCCCGCGUUGGUGAGCUGUUCUGCAUCAUUCCCUCCUACAUUGCAGAACACCUGAAGGAACGUCUGGCAGAUCCGGUCGUUGCAGCGUUUCAGAAACUGAAGCGGGAGUUUGAGUUCAACCUGACAGCGUCGGUGAACCUGGACGUGGACGCUAACAGCAGCCGUUCGCUGCAGCAGGUGUCUCAGGACAUCUUGAAGGAGCUUUCAGCAGACCUGCAGGUGUUCAAGAAGCUGAGCGAGCCGUUGACCUACCUGAGCCUGGCGCUACUUGCCUGGUCCUACCUCAGGGCCAUGCUCUACAGACGCAGGUAUCUUAGUGACAUCAGGUUCGAUAACAAAUACAUCACUGCUCAGUUUGAAGAGCUCAACCGACAUGUGACCUUGAGGGGCGGAGCCUCAGUCUUGCCACUCACACGCAGAGAAGCCAAGAUCUACAUCACACCCUUUUCGCUCCAGCUGACAACCAGAGAGUGGCGUGUGGUGCUGGUGGGCGUGUCCUCUGUCCUCAAACACCUGCUGAUUGGCUGCCUGCUGGUGGGGCUGGACUUCCUUGUGUUCUGGAUCCUGGAUCAGGUGAACCACCAGGUAAAGGGGGACAUCGUGGCCAGAGCCCCGGUGUCAGUGGAAGUCCAGGUGAAUGGAUCAGGUUACGCCUCAGACAUCUUCAGAGACCUGCUGGCUUCUUUCAACAUCCUGCAGCGAGGAAACAUCACAGUGGUCAGCAGGAAGUGUCUGCUGCAGCCGUCAGAACCCGACACCACGGCCAGCUUCAUCCUCGGGUUCCUGCUGGGUCUGGCUCUGCUCAUCUCUCUGACUGGAGGAUUUAUGCAGCGCUGCAGAAGAAUCAUCUGUGCUUCAUUUCAUCCAGAGAGAGAACUGGAGAGGAUCCAGUACCUCCACCAGCACAUCCUGGACCAAAGGAGGUCGGUGGGCGAAGCUCUGAGGAUGUUAGUGAGCAGAGCUCUGAGGAGGCCGAGGAUCAGAGCCGACCAAGGAGGAGAAAGGAAUCUCAUUCAGGCUCUGCUGAUUCGGUUACCUGGAGGAGCUCGCCUGUCCCACCUGCUGUCACCACCCGUCACCUGUCUGUCCUGUGGUGAGCAGGUGAAGCCGGAUGACGACAACACGAUCACCUGUGACGUCCCACAAUGUUCAGGUCUGUACUGUCAGCCAUGUUUCCUCAGUUUGGGCAACACGUGUGUCAUCUGCACGCGACCUCUGACCUUCCAGGAGGACGAGGAGGAGAUAGACUCUGAUGAUGAUGAACAGUCGUGUUUUCCUGCUGUGGCUGCUGUCAGUGAAGCAGACAUGAGGUACCAGGACCAACUCGGGUCUGACGAGUCCGACAGUGACGAAUCCUUUGUCUCUGCCACCUCACAAGGAACCUCCUUCCUCCAGAAACAAGCCCUCGCUACAGUCCAGAAACACACACCUCAAAACCUCCAGGAGCCUCCAGGCCCCUGAAGAACCCUGAAGUGGUUGAUGAUCCACUUUGUGAUUAAAGUUAUUGGAACAGGAAAUGAAAUGAUGAAGUUUAUCUGCAGCAAAAACUCCUUCAGAAUAAAAGGACAUUUUAGAGAAGAAAAAUGGACUCAAAACUUAAAAGCUGACUAGUCAAGGACUAGAUAAUAUAUUGUAAUCACUGAAAUAACUAUUACUGUAGUUUAAUGUUCAGCAUUAUGAGAAAAGUCCACAAUUGCUUGAAUCUUGUUCAGACUUCAGAUGUGUUUUUCCUCUUAAAAUGAGUCUCUCUGCUGUACUGAUGAAGUUCUGAGGCUCAGUAAUGAUGGAAACAGACCAUUAAAAAGUGAUGAAUCUAAAACCACCUCUAAGUACUUUAAAAGGCCUUGAACUCUGGAAAUAUUCAUAGUAUGAAGGUACAACUUUGAUCAUUAGUAAAGUUACUGUAGA